UCCCAUCAUUCUUAUCUCCAGCCACAUCAUUAGCUUUUUAUUAUUAUUAUUAUUCUUUCGAGUUUAAUAUUUAUUUUUUUGGCGUCUCUCCCGAAGAAUUUCAGAUUCUCAAUCAAUCUGUAUGAGAGUCGGAUGAAUUCUAUGGGCGACUCGAAUUUCCUCGACGUCGAUGAUUUUAUUUUGGACAGUCCAAGGGUUCCCUGUUCUCCUAUUGGUGGAGCAGAAAACGAUGUGGCCUCGUAUGUUGCCAGUUUGAGGCAAGGACAAGAACAGUUCUAUCCGAAUCUCGCAGCUUUUGAAGGAAUUUUCCAGGCAGAUCAACAACAAGUCUCCAGGUCUGAUCCAGAAUUCGGUUUCUCAGCUUCUGGCGGAAUUGUCCAGCGACAAGAACAAGAACAAGAACAAGUAGUGUUUCGAGAUGUAUCAGAAUUCGAUUUCGCAAUAUCUGAUGUAAUGUUGCUGCCAAGACAAGAGCAAGAUCAGUUACGUGGGGUUGGAGCUCAAAUCGAUUUCGCAAUUCAGGAACAAGAACAAGUCUGUAGCUUUGGAUUGGAUAUUGAUUCUGCAUCAUCUGGUGGCAUUGUUAAGCAAGAACAAGAACUAGUCGACGAAGAAUGCUCACGAAAGCGGGGACGCGUCGGAUCAUGUAGCAGGCCGGGAACUAAAGCAUGCCGUGAAAGAUUGAGGAGAGAAAAACUAAACGACAGAUUCAUGGAUCUAAGCUCGGUUUUGGAGCCCGGGAGGCCACCAAAGACGGACAAGCCUACUAUACUCGAUGACGCAAUCCGAGUCCUGAAUCAGCUCAGGAGUGAAGCUCAAGAACUUAAAGAAACGAACCAGAAGCUUUUAGAAGAGAUCAAGUGUUUGAAGGCGGAGAAGCAUGAGCUGAGGGAGGAGAAGCAUGUACUGAAGGCGGAUAAGGAGAAGAUGGAGGAGAAGCUGAAAGCAAUGACGGUUCCAUCUUCUCCGGGAUUCAUGGCCGCAGCUGCAUUCCAUCCGAACAAAAUGGCUGUUUUCCCGAGUUACGGGUACGUCCCGAUGUGGCAAUACUUGCCUCCCUCCACUCGUGAUACGUCCCGUGAUCAUGAACUCAGGCCUCCUGCUGCUUAAAAACUCGAUCUUCAUUUAUGACCACCGAUCACUUUGGACACCUGGGUAAAGCUUUUUCCACCUGUUCAGAUGCUUCUUUAUCCUAUAUAUGGAUAUGGAAUCGAGAUAAUCUUAUCUUGGACUGGUUUUAGGAAUUGGCAAAGUGUAAUCUUUACUGUUGGAAUGGGAUUUUGAAUAAAAAUGUGAUGGAAAACUCUGAUUCUUCUCAAUGCAUACCAAAGGGAUUGACUGUA